AUGUCGUUGCCUAGCUAUGUACAACAAGAACUCCGCAAUGUUGCGUCUGUCUUGUGUAGAGAGUUGGUUAUGGCCAACAAAGGGGAAGGAAUGAAGCAACAGUCUCAAGAAGACUUAAUGUUCAACACAUUUCACGGUAGCCCAGCCCAUAUAUCGAACAUCCAAUCCAUGUUGAAAGGCAAUGAACCAUAUACAGAGAUGUUCUACAAGCUUGGAAUGGAGAGCAAUCGAGAAGGCAAUGCAGCAAGAGGAGCAGAUGGUGUGGACUAUAUGCUCGAGUUGAAGGGAACACUCCAUCUUCAACCAGACAAGCGUCUUAUUGUCCAUGAGUGUGGAUUUACAGAAAAAGCCAUUUGCGAGGAUGGCAAAGGAAGCAAGCUGACUGCAAGGAACAUCUAUGACAGAGCACGCAGCUGCAUUGCCAACUACCGAAUUGCACUAGUUUUCUACAAAGAAUACUCAGGAACCAUGGAACCUGGUGUCAAUCCGUCUGGACAGAACUUCGAUGAUAUGAUAGUUGCAAAAGAAUCGAGGAAGCAAGUUCGAGAGGAAGAAGCACAGCAACGAGACCACGAGCGAGCUGCUAAUGUUGGUGGUGACGACAUAUUCAAGAGAGGAGUCCCCGUACACGAAAAGAAGAUGGCAUACCAGAUGGCAUCAACAGCUCAUGUUCAUGCCCAGAAGAAUGCAAGAGAUCUGUUGGCCAUUGCGAAUGCUGAUCAUGCAGCUACAUCCAAGGAAUUCUUUGAGGUUGUCAAGCUGUUGAAGGAAUCUACGUCCGAGGAGGAAAAAGAAACAUACAAAGAGUGGAAAGAACAGCUUGCGAAAGACCUUGGCGGCAUACGCAAGAGGAAGAGACAGUUGCAAGAAAAAUGCGACAGUCUCAUGAAGGUUUCGAAGCAAGAGAGUGCAAUGGCAAAUGACUACUUUGGACGGGUAUCGAAUGUGGUGAAGGCAACGUCGCCAGUUCCACAACCAAGUCCAUUGACAGUGGACACUGCUGUAGCUUCCCACCCUGCCAUCAACAAGACCAGUGAGGAAUACCAAUCGCAUUGUUCUCAACUUGCACAAUCCCAGGCAUCGGAAGCUUCCUCGGAAAUGUCAGGACGUCUCAUGCAGUAUCGAGAGCAGCAGUUUCUCUUGCACUGGAAACGAAAAACUCUGCCAAACAAUGAAUUUGCUCUGUAG